ACAAUACAACCAGAGCAGAGUACUACAGACCUGUACUGUGCAGUCUACAGUUAUUAUUGGCUUGCCUUACGCGCAGGGAGACGAGACGUGAGAGAAAAACAGUUUCAUAAGCAACAUUUUUAACCGGUUUGAAGGAUUCAAGCAAAAUUUUGUGAAACAUCAUGACGGGAGCAGAUAGGAGAUUCGACCUUCAUCAGACUAGCUCAGGUCGGGGCUUGGAUUACCGACCGGAAUACUAUUUUCCAGCAUCAGAUUUUAAGACUACCAUCAACAACCCUCUGCCACCACAGCUUGCCAAACAAGAUGAAAUCAUCAAGCCGUUCCAAACAACGACAGGUGGGGCGCAUGAUUACAAAUAUCAUGGGGGAUUAAUGGCUAAUCCUCAGCAUCAUAAGGCCCCAGGUCACUGGAAUAUGCACUACAAUAAGGACUUAAGAGAAAAGCUGCAGCAAAGAGGCUGGAGGAAGCCUCUAACCAUGGGCAACCAGGAGAGUGAGGUGCAAGCACAAUACAAAGGAGACCAAAUGCAGAUGGGUGUAGACUUUGACAACAGGCUCAGUGGCAAUCCACAGCCAUCUGAUCUUCAAACUCAUCAUCAGAAUUGUCCUGCACCAGUCAGGGACAGUGUGCCUAAAUACAAGCCGACUCUUGUGCGAGAUGAUGGCGCUCUGCAGCUUCUUGAUAUCUACGUACCAACCUCUCAUCACGUGCACAAACGUUUCACUCGUCAUGAGCUGGACGACUACCCAAAGAAAGAUGCUGCCACCUACUGGCGAUGUGAAGAUUACACGCAGGCAUGGGGCCAUGGAACCAAGCACAAUCCUCUUCCUAAGGGAGCUGAGAUUCACCAGCGAGCUCCUAUGGUAGAUGAAAUGGUAUUCAAGACAGCUAUCAAGGAGCCUGCGCGCUGGCCUGAACGUUUCAAGCGUGUACCUCACGCUGGUAUGAAGACUACAAUGACUAGUUCAUACAAGACACCGUCUGACCCUAAGAUGACUGAACUCUUCUCCUGCCCGGUCGAUACACCUUGGGUUAUACCAGAAGCUGGUCCUAUCCAAACAUUCUCUGUACCUAACAUGUACACAACAGAAUACAAAACAUAUGCUAGUGGUAAACCAAUAACUGUUUGAAAUCAUCCACGCUCAUAUAUCGUUCUUUGGUUUAUUAUUGUGAAUUAAGAUGCUGCUAAGUUUGGACAUUUUGAUCAGAGUGAUGUGAAGUAUUUGGGAUACUUUGAGUUGAUCAGAGUCACAGAGGACUUGUAAAAUUGUCGUAAAGCGAUGACUAAACUGGUCAUAAACUAAAUAUCAAAUAUUUGCAUCAACACUGAAAUAGAGAAUUCAAAAAUAUUAGAGUCUUCAAUCGAAAAAUUAUUUAGAUUUUAAUUAAUUCUCCUUAGAUACUUUUAUGGUCAUUCAUUUUAAUAUCUGAAUAGGUUAAUUGUGCAUAUUUUCUUUCGUUUGGAACUUUGGACACAUAUUACUAGCUAUCAAAUUGCUUUUUGAUUGAUGUAUUGGACAAUUUAGUGGACAAAAUUAUCAUACAUUAUAGACAAAAUAAUAAAUAUACUUACACUAAAAGCGUUUUUGUAUUUAUAGUAUGUUGAUGAGCUAAAAUCUGUUGGCAUUUAUUUUAAAUUUCACAACUUUUAAUUGCAAUUUUAUUAUUUCAAUGAUAUAAGAAAUGUGCAAGAAGUGUUCUAACAUUAGUACAUUAAAAUGUGUUGAAGGCCAACUAGUUGCAUGCCCUGUAGAAUAAAAAUGCUCUUUAUGUUUAUCUUAUUAUAAUAUUGAGCGUUUCAUUCACAAUACUCUAGAGCCUUGUUUUAUUAUCAUGAUGCUAUUAGGUAAAGAAGAUAGUUGGUACAUCGCUUUACUGAUACUUCACCAAUAAAGGAACAGAUACAAGAUGACAAAGGCAUAGGAAGAAAA